UCCAAGAUGGCGGCGGUCGCGCAUCCACGGGGUCCCCCCAGCCCCCCCCGCAGGGCCAGUGCGGCCCCAGGUGAGGGCGAGGACGAAGAUGAAGAUGAAGGCUCAGGUGAAGAUGAAGGCUCAGGUGAAGGCUCAGGUGAAGGCUCAGGUUCAGCCCCAGGUGAGGCCCCAGGUGAGCAGGGGGGCGGGGGCCUCACCUGCCCGCGCUGCCCCCCCGAGAUCGUCCUGAGGAUCUUCAUGGCGGCCGUGGGAGGGCGAGGGGCGGUGCCCUUCCUGUGUCACGGUCCCUCCCGUGUCUCUCACCUGUCCCACCUGUCUCACCUGUGCAGGGUUUCCCGCGUUUGCCGCCUCUGGCGUGACCUGGCCGCCGACCCCCGGCUGUGGCUGCGGGUGCACCUGGGGGGGCCUCACCUGGGGAGGACUCACCUGGGGGGGCCUCACCUGGGGGGGCCUCACCUGGGCGGCCCCGCCCGGCGCCGCCCCCCCGAGCAGGUGCUGAGCCCCCUGCUGCGAUUGGCCGAGAGCAGGUUCUCGCUGCUGCAGGAGUUCGUGCUCACUGAUUGGAGCAACCACGUGGGAACCGUGCUGCAGGCCCUGAGCAAGUUCUGCCCCCACCUGCGGCACCUGGAGCUGCGGCGCUGCCAGGUGGAGCCGUCGGCGCUGGGGGCGUUCCUGGCCGCCCCUCCCCCCCUGCAGCACCUGCACCUCACCUGUCCCCGCCUGCGGCCGGUGCUGCCCGCCCUGGCCGCCGGGCGCUGCCCGGGGCUGCGGCUGCUGGAGCUGGAGCAGAGCCCGGGGGGGCCGGGACCCCCAAAUCCACUGCCCGUGGAGCGGCUGCAGGCGGCGCUGCCCCUGCUCCAGGUACCCCAAAAUCACCCGGGAACCCCAAAAUCACACCCAGGGACCCCAAAAACCCCAAAAACCGCACCCAGGGAUCCCCAAAAACCCCAAAAUCCACCCCAAAAUCACCCCAAAAUCCCCCUGGGACCCCCAAUCCCUCUGCCCGUGGAGCGGCUGCAGGCGGCGCUGCCCCUGCUCCAGGUACCCCAAAAUCCCCAAAAACCGCACCCAGGAACCCCAAAAUCAUCCUGAGCACCCCAAAAAACCCCAAAAUCCACACCCAGGGAUCCCAAAAACCGCACCUGGGAACCCCAAAAUCCCCCUGGGACCCCCAAUCCCGCUGCCCGUGGAGCGGCUGCAGGCGGCGCUGCCCCUGCUCCAGGUACCCCAAAAACCCCAAAAUCACCCCAAAAUCAUCCUGGGAACCCCAA